AUGUCUGGACGCGGUAAGGGUGCCGGGAAGGCCAGAGCUAAGGCGAAGAGCCGCUCCUCCCGGGCCGGGCUUCAGUUCCCCGUCGGCCGUGUCCACAGGCUGCUGAGGAAGGGCAACUAUGCGCAGCGUGUCGGUGCCGGAGCUCCCGUCUACCUGGCGGCGGUGCUCGAGUACCUGACCGCUGAGAUCCUGGAGCUGGCGGGAAACGCAGCCCGCGACAACAAGAAGACCCGCAUCAUCCCCCGCCACCUGCAGCUGGCUGUCCGCAACGACGAGGAGCUCAACAAGCUGCUCGGCGGAGUCACCAUCGCUCAGGGAGGCGUGCUGCCCAACAUCCAGGCGGUGCUGCUGCCCAAGAAGACCGAGAAGCCCGCCAAGAAGUAACCGGAAGUACCUGCACAACACAACACAACACAACACAACGGCUCUUUUCAGAGCCACACACUCACCACACUGAAGAGCAGCUCCUCUCCUCCUCAUCUCAUUAUAACAACUCAUGUCCCUCAUCUGUCCCUUUGUCUCCUCACACUUUACAUUCAGGACAUUUACCUGCUUCACCUGUGUUUAGAAACCGGGACAAAACACACGUGACUCAUGAAUCAGCCUCCUCACUACAGACCGCUGCUCUCACACCUUCAUCAAUACAUACUGUCACUAACGAGCUCCAUUAGUCUAUCGAUAUAUAUUUAUAUAUUGUGACCAGCAGGUGUCGCUCUGAUCACAUAUUAUUAUUAUUAUUGGUUCAGAGCUUCAUGUUAAACACACCUGACAUUACUGUCUUUACACUGAGCAGA